ACAUGUAGAUACUCGCCCGUCAGGAGUAAGUAGAUAACAAAUUACCGGGGAAUAAACGAAAAGUGAUAAUUGAUACGCGCGAUCAUUAAUAACUCUAUCAAUGAGAAACCGGGUGGCUUCCGGCGACGGUAGCGCGUACUACCGCGGGCGGCUCCUCCGCGUUACAUCAAACCGGACGGCCGGUGACGCAAGAGAAUGACACACAGGAGGAGGGGGGGUGGGAAGGUGCGAGAGGAGGACAGGGGCGCGAAGGCGGCGGCGACGGAUAGGAGCUCACCGCCAGGCGGCUGUUGGUCCACGCUGUAGGGGCAGGUAGGGGAGAGGGAGUCCAGCGGAGUGUGUACGGUGCAUCCAGUUGUGCCAGGGCCAAAUACCGCGCGGCGCUGUGUAAAUCCUGCUGCACACGUGCGACACGUAACCCAGCGGUAGCGGCCUGAUGAAUUGAUUCCGGACGGGGGGGGGAUGGGGGAGGGGGUGCCACAGAUUCUCGACGUACGAGACCCCCCGGAGAAUCCGAGGAUCCGCGCGCGCUAGAAGAGGGUGCUUGCUUCGACUCGCCGCCGCCGGUGCGAGUAUACCGCGAAGUACGAACGCGAGGCGCGAAGGGGAUGAUCGCGCCGAGAUGACGCGCGACCGUCGCGGGGAGAACGUGUGAGAAAGAGAGAGAGAUUCGCCUCGCGAGGUGCCACGACGUGAAGACGUUAACUGCAACACAUGUUCGGGGGGGGAGGGAGGGAGGGAGAAGAAGACACCCGAUGGAAGACGGCCCACGGAAAGGAAUCUCUAUACCGCCGCCGGGCGCGGGUUGCACGGGUUCGAGUUGUGCACGAGACCGUGAGUCUAUACCCCCGAGAGAUGCCGAUUACGUUUUAGCAUGACCGAGCGGGACUGAUCGGCGCCCUAUCGCGUGUGCGUGUUGCGUCGGCGGCGUGGAUGAGCGAAAGAAAAGACGUCGCUCGAGUGACUGGCGCGCUUUGAUUUUACGCCGGAGUGUUCGGCGCGUGUUCGUGUGUCCGCGACGCUUGAGAGACACCGGAAGUCUUGUUGUUUUUUGAACACUAUGUGAAUUAUGCGACGAGAGCUCGGGAGGAAUCUCGGAGGGGUAGGAAGAGCGAGGGGCGGUCGCGCGAGGGAUCCCGCUCCAGUUUCGUCUGCACGCUCGCGAAUUUCAACGUCGUUUAAGGAAGAGUGACCCUCUCCUCGGUUUGUCGGCGUGAAUUACAGCGCGAAUUACUCGAUCAAUGUACUGUUAAGUGCGGCGAGUAACAUCCUUUUAGCUGCUUCCGAAGGCGAGACGGAGCGACGGGCUGCGCGAGUGCGAUCGGUCCGAGCGUCUGGCACGAUACGUCCGCGAAAAGAAAUCCCGUACUAACUGACGAAUCAACGUAGCCGGUGCGCUUUGGUGUGGUUUUUUUUUGCCGCGACGGAGGAUUUAGAGGGAGACGGUUUAUCGAUACAUCUCGGGAUGGAGAUAAGAAGUCUGAGAAAAGUGCGAGAUAAGAAAUCCGGACGUAAAAGGGAUACGUUUCGUGCUGAUUUCCACGACUUUAAUUAAUUGAGAAGAUCGUUAAACGGUAUAUAAUGACUGUGGUAAAAGAAGAAAGUAAAUCUGAACGAUAACGAAAUAAUAUAGCGAUUUUAAUCGGAGCGGUUUAUACGUGAGCCAAGUAGUAGUGUGAAAAUGUGUGCGUCGAAAUUAAAGUAAAAAAGUAAAAGAGUGAAAGAUCACUGCGAGAUAUAGUUUUGAAACAAGCUUAAAAUGUUGAUCGCUAAACACGAAAAAUUCGCGCUAUUUAACUGUGCAAUAAUAACGAAUAGAUCCGCGACGUAGUGCAAUAAUAACGAAUAUAGGUUGUGUAACAGAAACGCUUAAAUAUAAUAAAUUAUGAAAGACUAAAAUUGAUAGUCCGUAUAAAAUUAAUUCGAUCAAUUUGACGAUCUGUCAGCGAAUCGAUGGUGUCAACGAGCCUCAAAAUCGCGCGGCGGCGAUACGAGUGAGGAGAUCGGAGAGUUGUGAUCGGAAAAUGGCGAGGAAAUUCGAGGCGUCGCUGGAAAUGUGUCAAGCACCGUCGGCUUGAUAAAAGUGCACGUCUCCAAGGAAGUCGAGCGAAAUCAGAGGGAGCCUGCCGAGGGAGAUUAAUUGGUUCCACCCACUCUUCUUCCCCUCCCCGGUGGACCCCAAUGAGAGAUAAAAGCGAGCACUCGCUAAAGGCGGCAGUUCUCCUACAGACACGCUGGACCUGAGCUCAAAUCACCACCACCACCACCACCACCACCACCAUCAUCAUCAUCAUCCUCUUCAUAUCAACAAUCACAGCAACAAUUCGAACGACAUCGUUAGCUCCACUACGUCUGCUGGCGCGCAGGAAACCGUGAUGAAAGAGAAAAGCAAAAACGCAGCGCGGUCGCGCCGCGUUAAGGAGAAUCAGGAGUUUCUGGAGCUGGCGAAGCUACUGCCACUUCCGGCCGCCAUUACUACGCAACUGGACAAGGCCAGCAUCAUCAGGCUGACCACCAGCUAUCUCAAGAUGAGAGCUGUCUUUCCUCAUGGUCUCGGAGAUGAAUGGGGUGCCGCGCCACCGCCCAACAAUCCCUUAGAGACCACCAUCAAGGAAUUGGGCUCGCAUCUUUUACAAACACUGGACGGCUUCAUUUUUGUCGUAGCACCGGAUGGGAAAAUUAUGUACAUAAGCGAGACAGCUAGCGUGCACUUAGGUUUGUCGCAGGUCGAAUUAACGGGAAACAGCAUAUUCGAGUACAUUUAUCCGGAUGAUCGCGACGAGAUGAUUUCCGUGCUGAAUCAACCGCCUGCGAAUCUCCCGGGUUUCAUAUACCCACCGCCGAAUUCGCGAGGUGAAAUCGAGCUGGAACGUGCCUUUCUCCUUAGGAUGAAGUGCAUUCUAGCGAAGAGGAACGCAGGCCUUGUUACGGAAGGAUACAAGGUCAUACACUGUUCCGGUUACUUAAAAUGUGUCAUGGAGGCUCCUAUCGGAACAGAAUAUGAAAACGGUGUUGGUUACCGUAAUGUCGGUCUAAUGGCGGUCGGCCAUUCAUUGCCGACAAGUUCGAUAACCGAAAUUAAAUUGCACCAUAACAUGUUCAUGUUCCGAGCGUCACUCGAUCUGAGGAUCAUAUUCAUCGAUUCGAGAGCAGCUCAGUUAACAGGCUACGAUCCCCCGGAUCUGAUUGACAAAACGCUAUACCACUACGUGCACGGAUGCGACAUUCUGCAAUUGCGACACGCUCAUCACGUUCUGUUACGCAAAGGUCAGGUGACAACGAGGUACUACAGGUUUCUGACAAAAAGUGGAGGGUGGGUAUGGAUGCAGUCAUACGUGACAAUUGUGCACAAUUCGCGAAGUUCGCGUCCGCAUUGCAUCGUGUCUGUGAAUUACGUGUUGACGGGCACCGAAAGCACCGGCCUAAUCAUGAGCUGCGACCAGAAGUCGUCCUGCUCGAGCCCGGGAAAUCCGCCGAGUGCCCCCGUGUCGACACCCGUCACGAUUGGCGCUAGUGACCUGGACAAUCACAGCCCGAGCCCGCCUUCUUAUCGCAGCCGGACCAAGGAGCCACCCGACACCGAAUACGCCGACAGUUCCGGCUAUCCGAACUCGGAGUACAUGGUGGGCUCGACCAAUCACAACCAUUACCUGUCGUCGUCGCCGUAUGCGUCGCACAGCAUCAACGGCGCGACCCACGAGGACAGCGCUUACUAUCCGGAUUUGUUUUACUCGUACAGUGACCUCCACCAAGACCCCGUGAACACCCUGCAGCAUCAACAAGACGCGCAUCAUCAUCAGCUCCUCCAUCACGCCACGUCUCUGACUAUUCAGCAGCACAGCCCGCAGAACAACCAGCAGAAACGGCAGCAUCCCCAGCACCUUCUGCACCAGGGCGCGACUUCUUUGACGUCUCUCGAGCAGCAGCAGCAGCAGCAACAACACAGUCCCCAGAGCGGCCAACAGAAGCGACCUUACUCGACGUCCUCGAGCUCCUGCGGUAGCGCCGACGGUCCAGAAGUGCACUUGACGAAUUCCCUGAGCCUUCUACCGUCGAGAUACCACUCGUCUCAUCAUCAUCACCAUAUCCCGCCGGAUUCGACGUCGUCGGCGACGUUGGAUGAGGCUGGCGGCGUAAUCAUGUACCCGAACUGCGGUUUUAACAACAACGACAGCUACAACGCCGCGGUGCUUCAGCACCACGACGGCUAUCAACAGGGUCAUCCUCAGGCUCACCACAGCAACGGAACGGUGAAGCACUCUCAUCAUCAUCUGGAAGCCUCGUCAGCUGGCUAUACAAGCGUCAUCGUCGAUUCUCAACAGUACAGUCCCAGCACCGUAUCUCAGGAGCUGCACGCACAUCAGACGGUGCCGGUGAGCAGCGGCACACCGCCGCUACAUCAUCAGUCUCAUUACGAAACGCAUCAUCAAUUUGUUCACUGACAUCAAUUCGAGGUGCCCUGCGCGUAGCACUUCGACGCCGCUUGCGACGACGAUGCGUGCGGGCAUCAUCAUCGUCAUCAUCAUCAUCAUCAUCAUCACCAUCACCAUCACCAACAGCAACGCCAUUGCGUAACGUCAGAGUGUGGUGAAGAACAGUACGCUGGACAUCAAACGAACAAUGAAUCUUACAAUUCUAUUGGGUCUCACGUUACUUACAUCACACCUUACAAAAGACUCUGGAAAAUGGAGGAACGAAGUACUUUAAGAGGUAAUUCGUAAUUACUACCAGAAAGUCAGUGCCAUAAAGUUACAAUACUAAAGUUAUAAACUAUCAAAUGUUACGACUGUAAAAGGUCCUUGACUUUACAUUGGACUUCUUCCAACGCGUAUGCCAAGUUAAAUAUGUUACCAUCUAUAUAUUUUUAUUUGCAUGCAAAAAUUCUGUGGAAAUAACUUUCGCAUGAAUUUCGAUAAAAAGAUAAUAAAUUUUAUUUAAAGAUAUUUUUUGUGUAAUAGAUGAUUUCACGUAAAGAAAAGGAUUGCGGCAGAUCGACGUACCAUUUGUGAAAUAAGCUUUGAGAACCAUGUAAUCUUGAGCCUAAUUUUGACACACUGGUCAUAAUUCUAGAUUUUUACUCACAUUAUUACGUUAACCAUAAAAGAAUGAUUAUACAAUGAAUAAUCCGAUGAUAGACACAGCAAUGUGGCAGCGGUGGUCAAAGAACUUUGAUUCCAACAUUCUCUAGCGUAAUAAAUACUUUAAUAAAUGCUAUUGAAAUAAAAAUACGAUGAUAAUCCAUACACAAUAUCUACUGUUAUUGUUUUUUUCAGAUUCAUUUUUUAAUUUUAAUGUCAUCUUUAAACCUAAAAACUUAAAGGAAUUAAUUUCAAUUGUAUUGUAACGUCAUCGCGAUAUAACCCAGACAGCACACAACGUUUUAAAAACGUAUUAAAAAUGUACGUAAUGGAUGUUCCAUACAUAUUUAAAACAUCCAAAUCCGAUCCUUAAACAUCUUUAGAACAUUUUAAAAACACCCCGUGAUACUUUUCUGGACAUCUGAAAAAUGUUUAUUUUAAGUACUAAACGGAUGAAAAUUAGAUCUAUUUCGACCAUUUAAAUAAAUAUUUUUGAAAAUUGUCACGUGUAGGUAGAUUAUUUGUUUUUAAUACAAAUCGAAGUUAAUUUGUUAGCAAUUUAUUAAUUAUACAAAAUAUACUAAUAAAUUAAUAGAGUUAUUCUGUAACUUUUAAUGAUCUUAAAGUUCUGUAUUGUCAUUGCACAAAUAUUAAUUUGUUAUUAUAUUAUGUGCAGUUAAUAAAUUGCUAAGAAAUUAACUUCAAGUUGCAUUAAAAACGUAUAUUCCACCUACAUCUUUAAAAAAAUUAUUUUAAUGAUAGAAAUAGAUCCAAUUUUAGACUGUUUAGUUCUUAAAUAUACAACACAUAUUUUAAAAGCAAUUUCUGAUUGUUAACAGAUCGUAUUAAUAAAACAAACGAUUAAAAAAAUUCAACAUUGUUGUGACGUUUCAACUACAAAAAUGUGCAAUAAAAAUUAGGCAUCUUAUUGAAAUAAUUUCAGAUGAUUUUAAUACAAUCUUUAUAUUAUUAUUCAAGAUUAAGAGGCGCAUUUAUUCUUUUUGUUUAUUCUUUAUCUCGCUUUAUCGGGACAACGGAAAGAUGAUACAGCUAAAGUCCAUAAGCUCAUGAGGAUUUUGGAUCUAAUCUAGGCCAAUUUUUAAGAAAAUGUAUUUCUCAUACAUGUUAUCAUUUCUAUUACAUGUUUAAAAAAUUGACAAUUAUUUCACAAGAAUUUUUUUAGGCGAGAAUUUUUUUUAAUGUAUAUAAAAUGGAAAUUUUUUAAUAUGAAUAUAUUUUGAACGUCCAAUAAUGUAUGUUCUUAAAAAUCAUUUGUAUUACAUCCAUUAACAUUUAGAUAAAAUCAAGACAAAUCGAACAUCCAUUGGAUGUCUGGGAAACAAUGCGAUUCCAAUAUCGAGCAUUUAAAUGCGCAUGUGUUAGCCAAGCGCGAGGAAAAAAUAAAGAUUACGAGAUUGAUAAUUUGAAGAGAAUCCACCAAUCCCUUAUAUGUAUUAUACUUUGUGUCACAUAUCUCGAGAUGAGACAAUAAUAAUUCGCGAUAUUGUAAUUCAGCUCCAUUUAAGUACUUCAUAAAAGUAAUCGGAGAUUGCGAGCAUCGCGUAGGAAAGAGUUAAGAAUAUUUUAUACGCGCUGGACGCGAAUUUCCUGGAGACUUCACGAAGAAUAAUUCAACAAAAAAAGAAAAAAUACCGGAUGUGAAAUAUUAAUUAAUAUUAGAACGUUUAAAUUCAUAAAUAAUUGAAGACAAGAGAAGAAGUAUAUGUAUAUUGAUUUUCACAACUUAAGACUCCGAGAAAUCAGAUAUAAGAAUUCUGUAUAAAAUUUAUUUAUGAAAUAAUUCAAAAUAAAUUUAUAUAUACAGUAGUGGCAGACAAAAUAGGUACACUUGCUCUUGUCAUUGCUUUUUAAUUGUCAAAAAUUUUUAUUUGUAAAAUUUUUAAUUGUAAGAAAUUUUUUUUAUAUAUAAAUACACUUUUAACAUGCCGUUGUCGAAGUAAAAAGUAUUUUAUUUAAGCGUGCGUUUACAAAUUAAAAAAUCAAUGACAAGAUCUAGUGUGGCUAUUUUUUCUACUACCGCUGUAUAUACAAUACAUAUAUAUAUAUCUUAUGUUCCACAAAAUUCGUACAGUAAAAUGCACAAUGCGAUUCUCUAAAUCAGAAGAAACUUUAUCUUCAAAUAAAAUUGUAUUAAAAUUUUAAAAUAAAUCCGUAACUUUUGCCAAAGGAAAAAGUUACUUCUACUACGUAGGGAAUCGCAACGUACAUUCCACACACGCGAAUUCUGGGACGCUUUGUAAUUAUUAAAAUAAUUGCACAUUAAAUGUAAAAUCCGAAGUAAAUUUUUUUCCAUGGAAUUCAGAUGAGUUACAUUAUCAAAAUCGGCUUGACAAAUGGAAACAAGAUACAUAGCAAAAUCAAAUGGUUUUAGUUAUUCUAGUUGUAAUUUUUCGCGUUACAUAUUUAUAUGCAUGCAGUUGUGUGUGUGCAAAAAAUUUUACUUUUUUUCUUAAAUAAAAAUUAAAAAAUUAUUGAAACGUAUAUAUAAAUAUCUUAUAAAUUUCAAAUUAAGAUUCUUAACUAAUAAUUAACCCCUAAGUAGUCGCGCUGGCGCAUAGAAUAAAACUGUAAAAAUAACUCGUGAGAUCUGAGCACUCGUCCUCCACCUUAGUGAAUUUUUUUAUUCAAAAGCAGGGUUCACAAUUUGUCCAACGUCCACGACGAUCCGCUAUCCAAUAGGAGGAAUUUUUGCAUAGCAACAUUUUUGUCUCCAGAAAAUGUAUUCUUUUAUUGGAUAUUGGACGUCAUACCUCAGAUUUCGAAUACAGCAUGAAUACUGCACAAUAGUGGUUUUCUUUUGCUCGUAACGGUGGACGAUCUCAUGCCGGCAAAGCAACCAGACCUGUUCGUCAAGUCUUUAGAGGUGAUUGGUUAGAUCCACAGGUAAGAACCAAUCACGUUAAAUUGCUCGGCGGACAGGUUUUUACCUGCUUUACUAGUCUGAAAUUCGUCUAGAAUUUCUGUAUUACCUUCUCAUAACAGCGACAUUAAUACAUUCCUUUUUAAGCUCUCACGAUUGGCGCAUUCUAUGUGCCGUGCAAAUUAUACAAGUGUUUUUUCUUGCUUUAUAUUUUUGUAUUGUGUUUAUUACAUUAUGCUACAGAUAAUUGGUUUUAUAAACAAAUUUAAUAUAUUUUUGUAAGGUGCAUUAAUAAUUAAAAUAAUUGAAUCGUAAAAUUGCAUAGAUUUAUCAUAUAAGACACUUUCUAAAAUUGUUUUCUAAUAUAUAUAUAUAUAACAUUAUUGAAAUAUAAUUUUAACACUUUUAAAAAGCUCUUUGAUAGCUUAUAAAUAUAUAAAUAUAAAUAUUUACUAUUAUUCAAUAAUCUUUUUAUUUUCUAGAUUUUAUUUAAAAAGAUUUAUGUUUAUACAUAAUGUUGUUGUGUAAGUUUUAUUUAGUUUUAAUACUUAAUAAUCUUGUCAAUAUGUAAUAAUACAAUAAAGAAAUUAUUCUAUACACCCAGGACAAAAAUUCUUAUUCUGACCGCAUAUAUGUGACAACAACACUUAUAUAGAAGAUUAUAAAGCUUCAUAUGUAUUUUUAUAUCAUGAUUCAUUAUUUAAAAUUUAACUCUAAAACUGUUUAAAAAAAAUGGCCAAAAUCAAAUUGUUGUAUUAUUACAGGACAAAAAAAUAUUUAUAUAUAUGUAUAUAUAUAAUAUUUGAACGUAAUCUAUAAUGAGGACAUCUUUUAGAUUAAAUUUUUUUUUAAAUAUACUUUUUUAAAAAAGAAUAAAGCGUUGAAUAAUUUUUAAAAACAUGAAAUUUUGACAACACAAAGAGUUAGAGUAACUAAAACUAUUUGUUUUUAUCUUUAUCCAUAUCUCAAGCCGUUUAGCAAUAAUACAAUCCGUGAAAAUUCUGUGGAACAUUUUGUAAAUAAAUUUUGUAUAAUUUUAUAUUAGUCAUUUUCAACCCUUUAAAUUUUUAAAUUGUUUUAAAAGCAUUGAAGAACAAGAUAUUCUAAUAUUAAACAAUAUACUAAUCGGGUUAUUGUUGCUGUACCGUUAAUGCGAGAUAUCUUCUCUCGAAUGUAACACUAUGUAAAUACUGUAGACGUAAUUAUUCUAAUUAAUUAACAUAAUAUGUAUAUAUAGUAGCACUUACAUCGAUCCGUAAAGACUGACCGGUGCUUGUGCCAAUCGACCAAAGAAAUUUGCGAUCUUUUUAUCGAAGAAUUAGUAUUAUAUUUUUAAUCGCUUAUUUAAGUGCAAGUAUCCAGUAUAAGAAAAGUGAAUACUGUAUAUAUCUGAAUGCGUAGCGUAAAACCCUAUGUACUUUGACCAUCGCGAGAUAUUUUAUUACAGAUAGAGAUUAUCAUGUCACAGAUCGUGCUGUGUAUAAACACAUGCAUGUGUAAUCAGCAUCAAAAUAUGAAAACCUGAGACGUAACUUCUUUUUCUAAUAUGUCUCUCAAAACACGAGAAAACAAUGUCUCUCGGUUAUCUUAAUGCCGAUUAUACACGCAUGACGCAUAUCUAAUUAUUUGUAUCAAUGUAAAGAGUGUGAAAUUUCGUAGCGAGAAUCACGGCAAUGCCCGUGUCAAGCAUUGUAAAUAUUGUAAAAGUAUAAUACUACAUACGUACAUACACAAGAAAGUAUAUCAUAUUUUCUUCUGAAAAAA